GAGAAUGUCUCAGACAACACUUGUAUAUGUCAUUUGGAAAUGCUGAUGAAGAAAAACUCUUUUGAAUUGGCCUUGAAUAUUUCUGAUAUCGGUGCGAUGUUGUUAACAGGCUUUAAAUUUAGAGAUGAAUGGAAAUAUACCUGGUAGUUUAGUCUGCGUCCUAGCUUUGCUAGCCUAUGGAGACGUGUGGCACAAAAGUAAACCAUGUGGCGGUGCAUUGACCUCAGCCUUAAACUUUUCGAAGCUCUCAAUCCUAUCUCAGAACCAUAACAACCACAUCUAUCAUCAAAAUGGCCGAAGUCGAAAUCGCAAGUCCUCCAACCAUGGCUCCAGUCACUGAAGCUCCGGAGGAAACUUCUACAGCCCUUACCACUACGAACAAUGAAGCAGGCGCACCCGCCGAGCGCAAAGUUAAGAAAAUCAUCCGUCGAAAAAAGCGUCCAGCGCGUCCCCAAGUCGAUCCCUCGACCCUGAAGAGCGAGCCUCCUCCACAAACUGGUACUAUCUUCAAUAUCUGGUAUAACAAAUGGUCAGGAGGUGAUAGGGAGGAUAAGUAUCUUUCGAAAACAGCUGCUGCGGGACGUUGCAACAUUGCGAAUGAUACUGGAUACACUAAAGCCGACAAAGUGACAGGCAGUUACUUCUGUUUAUUUUUUGCAAGAGGGAUCUGUCCAAAAGGUCAAGAAUGUGAAUAUCUACAUCGAUUACCAGGAAUUCAUGAUAUGUUUAAUCCGAACGUCGAUGUAUUUGGUCGCGAUAAACACUCGGAUUAUAGAGACGAUAUGGGAGGUACAGGAAGUUUCAUGAGGCAGAAUAGGACGAUUUAUGUGGGAAGGAUACAUGCCAGUGAUGAUAUUGAAGAGAUUGUUGCGCGACAUUUUGCCGAAUGGGGUCAAGUUGAGAGGAUCCGUGUUCUGAAUACGAGAGGUGUCGCUUUUAUCACAUAUUCCAAUGAGGCCAAUGCGCAGUUUGCGAAAGAAGCAAUGGCACAUCAAUCUUUAGACCAUAAUGAAAUCCUAAACGUACGCUGGGCGACAGCCGACCCGAAUCCAAUGGCACAAGCACGAGAGGUGCGGAGAAUAGAGGAGCAAGCUGCGGAAGCUGUUCGAAGGGCACUACCUGCAGAGUUUGUGGCAGAAAUAGAGGGUCGUGACCCGGAAGCGCGAAAACGUAAGAGGAUAGAAGGAGGUUUUGGAUUAGCAGGUUAUGAGGCGCCUGAUGACGUCUAUUUUGCUAGAGGUGCCAAUGCGGUAAAUCCGGUGGGUAGACAGGGACUCGAGUUAGAAGAGGAGCAAAGACUCAUGCUCGAAGCGGAUGCCUACGAACAGACGGAACAGAAAGAGGAGAGUGGAGGUAUAUUUUCCAGUAGUACUUUGGCGGCAUUAGAAAGUGCCAAGGGGUCAAUUGCGACGAAACCAAAGCCCACAGCAUCCGCAGGACCAUUGGUAGCUUAUGAUAGUGAUAGUGAUUAAAUGGGGAUAAUUGGAGUUUAGGAGUCGGCCAACUAUCGUAGUAUGGCCAUGUUAUACUGUAUAAUAUUCGGUCGCUUAGACGAGCCACAAUCAUAGGAGCAUUGUCUCAGCUGUGAAUGCAGAAGCCAUGAGAAAAAAAUAUGAACACA